AUGAAGCCCGUUUUCCUCUUACUGAGCGCCAUAGCACUCUUGACACAGACCUGCCACACAGGAAGACCACCGCUUGUUCAGGACACAGUGAACCACCAUUAUUACGCUGUCAAGUUCAACGAUCUCGAUGUUACCUCUCCACAAGAGAUUGCACAACAUCUAGGAGUGCAGUAUGUCGGGCAGGUCGGAGAGAUGCACCGCUACCAUCUGUUCAGCUACCCAAAGUCGCUGCAUGAGAAGCGAGCAGAACAAUCAGGAUUGCCCUCGCUCAACGCAACCUUGACAACGGAUGGACAACAGCAGGAUAUCGUGCUCAGGAGAUAUGAAGAACUCAAGCAGUCCAAUAGUUUCAGUCGUCAGAUGAUGAUGAGGAAGCGGGGCUUGAGCAAACGUGGCAUCAGCACAGAGGCAGAGACAGGCAUCCCAGAGGACCUGCACCCGCUGGGACCUAUCCACAAGCAGGUGCUGAGGAAACGAAUCAAGCGAGCCAUCUCAAUUGAACCCAGGGACGAGCACGUCAAAGGCGAGACCCAGCCUGCAGACGAGAUUGCUGCAUACUUUCAAAUAAAGGAUCCAGGAUUUGGAUAUCAAUGGCAUUUACAUAAUACUAUCCAGAAUGGCAAUGAUAUUAAUGUUACAGGAAUAUGGGAGCAAAAUAUCACCGGGAAGGGCGCUAUUGUAGGCAUUAUUGAUGAUGGCCUAGAUGCCAACAGCGAGGACUUAGCAGUCAACUUUCACGCGAAAGGCUCCCAUGACUUCAAUGACAAUACGGAUAUCCCACUACCGCGACUCUAUGAUGACAAUCAUGGAACAAGAUGUGCAGGAGAGAUUGCAGCGGCCAGAAACGACCUUUGUGGAGUCGGUGUCGCCUGGGAUGCGAAGGUGGCGGGCAUCCGAAUUCUCUCAGGCCCAAUCACCGAUGUUCAGGAGGCGGAGGCACUCAACUACAACUUCGAAGAAACCCAGAUUUAUUCAUGCAGUUGGGGUCCCAGCGAUGACGGCAAAUCAAUGGAUGGACCCAGAGGAUUGCUAUUAGAUGCGUUCAUCAACGGUGUCAACAAUGGUCGCCAGGGCAAAGGAAGCAUUUUUGUCUUUGCCACCGGAAACGGAGGCAGAAAUGGCGACAAUUGUAACUUUGAUGGCUAUACCAACAGCCGAUACACCGUCUCGAUUGGAGCGAUUAUGCGGACGAAUGCGCAUCCCACCUACUCGGAGGCCUGUUCCGCGCAACUCGGCGUUACCUACAGUUCUGGAGAAAUCAAUCCUGGACAGCAGAGCUGGAUCUAUACCUGCGAUGUCGGAAAGAGAAACUGCUAUGCGAAUCACAGCGGUACAUCCGCUGCAGCACCAAUUGCCGCUGCGAUUUAUGCCCUUGUUUUGGAAGUCAGACCUGAUCUCAACUGGCGCGACAUCCAGUAUCUCACUGUUCAUACGGCCGUACCAGUGGAUGAGAACGACCCUGACUGGGCCGAAACAUCCGUGGGUCGUUUGUUCAAUCACAAAUAUGGGUACGGAAGUCUGGAUGCUUACAGGAUUGUGGAGCACGCAAAGACCUGGGUGUCUGUAGGGCCCCAGGUCACAUACGAAUCGCCCGUGAUCACCGUGAACGGCGACAUUCCGUCGGGAGAUGACGACCAGUCAGGACAGACGGGUCAAAUUGGUCUCCCUUCCGUUUUCCUAGUGACCGAGGCUUCCUUGAAACAGGUCAAGUUUGGCACUCUGGAGCACGUCACCGUCACUGUGAACAUCAAGCACGAGUUCAGAGGAGAGGUCGAGAUUGAUCUCAGGAGUCCCGACAAUAUUGUCUCGAAGCUCGCUGUGACCAGACCGCUUGACAACAGCACGGAUGGUUUCGUGGACUGGACAUUUAUGAGUGUCAAGCAUUGGGAGGAGAACCCUGUUGGCCGCUGGACGUUGACUGUGUAUGAUCGCAAGAACCCCACCAAGACUGGUACCUUUAUCGACUGGAAGCUGGGCUUGCACGGCGAAAUUGAGGGUGGCCACGACUCCACACCGCCUCUGGCCCCGCCACCUCCACCGGCUCAGCCUACGACCGCACCUGCAAUCCCAGCAAAGACUCCUGAACCAGGCAAGGGAUCAGAUGGUUCUGAAAAGGGUGAGGAUGGCCGCGCGGUGAUUGCGAUUAGUCCGUUUAUCUACGUCAUGUUUGGAGGCAUGUUUAUUGCGAUCGGAGCAGCCCUGUUCUUGAUGUACCGCCAACGCACGAACCCAAGGAGCAUUUUUGGUUCGGGAAUCAACGACGAUGAAGAAUCAGGCCAACGUGGAGGAUUGCUGGGUCGACGCGGGGACUAUGAAUUUGACGAGCUACCGACACACGAGCUUGGGGACAGUGACGACGACGAUGACGAUGUUGAUCCGGAUUCGCGCCGGAUCGUAUUUGACAGAAGCAAUCUUGUGAGUCCUAACAACGAGUUAAGAAUGAAGGAGCUUGGGGCAGGUCACCAGCGAGAGGCAUCGAGUCCUCUGUCGAGUGGAGAGGAAAUUGAACGGGAAAGCAGCUUCGAGGUUGCUGGGGUGGAUGAGGAUGACGACGAGGACGAAGAAGAUGAAGACGAGGAGGAUGAUGAUGAUUUUAGAGACCAUCCUGGUGGAUCGGCCUCGAAGAUCAAGAGCGAUAGCUGGGACGAGUUCAGUACACUCGUCAAGGCCAAGGAUGGCAAGCAGGCCCAGCGUUAG